UUAUUUCAAUUUUAUGGCCGGUGAUGCGAAUGGCGGGAGACGCAACGACUUCAUUGUUAUUUCUAAUAGGACAAAUUAAUGGAAAGGAGUUCUGAAAAGAUUAAAGUGACCUCUUUAUAAACUUAUAGUUCAGAACUAAUUCAUAUUUGGUGCCAUAUUUCGACAAUAUGGGUGACAAGGGGGAAACAGAAGCGUUUGAUGAUGCGGUUGAAGAAAGAGUCAUAAACGAAGAAUACAAAAUUUGGAAAAAGAACACUCCAUUCCUGUAUGAUUUGGUAAUGACACAUGCCUUGGAAUGGCCAUCAUUGACUGCUCAAUGGUUACCUGAUGUUACAAGACCAGAAGGAAAAGAUCAUUCAAUCCACAGGCUUAUUUUGGGCACACAUACGUCAGAUGAACAGAAUCACCUCUUGAUAGCUAGCGUGCAGUUGCCAAAUGAAGAUGCUCAAUUUGAUGCUGCUCAUUAUGACAAUGAAAAGGGGGAAUUUGGUGGUUUUGGCUCAGUUUCUGGUAAAAUCGAGAUUGAAAUCAAAAUUAAUCAUGAAGGAGAAGUGAACAGAGCACGUUUCAUGCCCCAAAACCCUUGCGUAAUUGCAACAAAAACUCCCUCAAGUGAUGUACUAGUAUUUGACUACACUAAACAUCCAAGUAAACCAGAUCCCAAUGGCGAAUGUCACCCUGAUUUACGCCUGAGGGGACACCAAAAAGAAGGAUAUGGUCUUUCGUGGAAUCCUAAUUUGAAUGGUUAUUUGCUCUCUGCCAGUGAUGAUCACACUAUUUGUUUAUGGGAUAUUAACGCAACCCCAAAAGAAAACAGAGUUAUUGAUGCUAAAACCAUAUUUACUGGACAUACGGCUGUUGUAGAGGAUGUAGCAUGGCAUCUAUUGCAUGAAAGCUUGUUUGGUUCUGUUGCUGAUGAUCAGAAAUUAAUGAUUUGGGAUACUAGAAGCAAUCAUACAAGUAAACCGAGUCAUACCGUAGAUGCACAUACUGCAGAAGUCAACUGUCUGAGUUUCAAUCCCUACUCCGAAUUUAUCCUAUCAACAGGAAGCGCAGACAAAACCGUGGCAUUGUGGGAUCUCCGAAAUCUAAAACUGAAAUUGCACAGCUUCGAAUCGCACAAAGAUGAAAUUUUCCAAGUCCAGUGGUCCCCGCACAAUGAAACAAUUCUGGCGUCGUCGGGAACUGACAGAAGGUUACAUGUGUGGGAUCUUAGCAAAAUUGGCGAAGAACAAAGUCCGGAAGACUGUGAGGAUGGUCCUCCGGAACUAUUGUUCAUUCACGGUGGACACACAGCAAAAAUUUCUGAUUUUAGUUGGAAUCCUAAUGAACCUUGGGUUAUUUGUUCUGUAUCAGAAGAUAACAUAAUGCAGGUUUGGCAAAUGGCGGAAAAUAUUUAUAAUGAUGAAGAAAUGGAGCCCCAAGCUAUGGACAUGGAUGCUCAAGCGAUAUAAAUAUGAUUUCCAACCAUUUUUCUUGUUGAUUUUUCACCAUGUUUGUAUUUUUAUGGUUCUAAUAUUAUUUAUACUUCAAGUAAAUAUUUGCGUUAAUUUUCCAACGUCUUUUUUAUUCGCGGUUUAUUUAUAAUAAGUCUUUAAGAAAUGAAUUUAAAACCACACUGUGGUUUACAUUGAAUGUAAUGUCUCUGUUUCUUUUCAAACUGUUCUGUCAUUUUUUUUUGUUAAUAUUCUGAAAUGAGAUAAAUCGAUUAAAGCAACUUUUGGCUAGUAAGUGUCUUAUAAUAUAUUUUAUUACACAAAA